CGCAAGCGUUUCUUAAACCCUGGAUGGAAAAAUCGAGGGGAAUGCAGGAAACGCAAUCAAUGUUUGACGCGAUUCCGAGAAACUGCAAGGGAAUAAUCGCAGUCAGGACUCCGCCUCUGUCUCCAAAGAGAUAUCGUAAAUUUUAUCCGAACGGCGGCAUUUGGAGCAAUAGCCAUUGUUCAAGAGCAUGUACCUAAUGCAUAAGGGCACAAACAGAAAAUGUAUGUUUUCUCCAAUCAGAAAAUGGCAUUUUUCCCGUAGAAUUCCUCAUUCAUAUAAGGGAAGUUGCCGGCACCGAAGUGCAUCAACUUAAUUAUUGCGUUAAUAUUUUUAUUUGAAACUUGCCACAGCGAUAGAUAUUUAUAAAAGGAAGGGCAACUAACUCUUGAUUUUUCAUAAUUCAUUGCAUUGCCUUAGUUUCGAGUAAUUUUCUACUGAACACUCGUACUAUCGGUAAAACCUGGGUUUCGGACCCCCUUAAUAGUACAUUAUGCAACAAGAGACUAAAGUCGUGGAUUAUUUACUUUAUUCUCGCAAAAUACGGAAUAAAGUGAAUUUGCGGGAAUAAAGUAAAUUUGCGGCAAUAAAAUUUUCUGGUCCCCAAGACACGUGGAGACGUGGCGACGGGGUGGCGGCUGAGAUGCGCCCCACGGCGUCGCGCCGUAGAGUCGGGGCGGGCCGGAGCCUACAUUUAUAGGUACAGGUAUUAUAGGCUAUCUAGAGGCGGAUUUCGGACGCACAGCUCGGGGAAAGUGAAUUUUUGCGGAGAGGGAGAACGCUGCUAUAUAUACAGAGCGAAAUUUCUUAAGCAGACAGUUCGAAGUUUUCAUUCUAGAAGCAACGACUUGGCUAGUCAGUGAUAUCCUAGUGCCUGCGUUAGUUUGAAUCUGUAGUGCAUCACAGUCAAGUUUUCCUUUCGUAAAAUGGAAUCUCCACGUGCGGAAUCUUACGCAUCUUCUGACACUGGUAGGACGAGAAUGAUUGAUGCAGAAGCUCGUCACACGGAUCUCGAUGGAAAUCUCAACGAAGUUACUGCAGACUUGACAGGGCUUGUGACGAUUUGUUGCUCGGAUUGUGAUCUUGACAGUGCCAACUACGAAAAAUGCCAGGGCGAGCUAGCUCUGCAAUGUUUAGCGUGCCGAGAGAAGUUUUAUCACCGUUUUUGGGCGAUCCGGCACAUCAAUUCUUGUGCCAGCAUCAUCAAGCAGACAAAAUACAUCUGUGAGUUGUGCGAAACGACAUUCGAACGGAUCGAUGAACUAAGAAGACACUUUCAAGACUGUGCAAGUGAUUGUUUUACAAGUCUUCAGUUGGAGAACAACAACACGAAUUCGGAGGAAGAAUUAGAUAUGUUCAAGUACUUUGCCAACUCAUCGGAGAUAUUAAGGAAAAGCGUGAGGGAAUACGGACAUGAACGUUUUUAUGCGCACUUCUGCGUGGAGUGCCGCGAACCCAUCAUCGAUGAAACAUCGGUCGACGCAGUAGACUGCGAUGAAUGUAAAGUUAGUUGCCUGCUGCAGUGCAACACGUGCAAAUGUCUACACGAGACUUACGAGUCCAUUAUUGAGCAUUUAAAGGGGAGCUAUUGCGGAUAUAAGAUGCAAUUAGCGGUGGACCCGGAUGCUCAACUUCACGAACAGGCGUGAAAAAUUAUAAGAUGCACAAAGGCUAUUGCAAACAGAAUCGACCGUCUGGAGAUGUUUCAAUGCCCAAGGAAAGUGACGCAGCUUAUCACACAUACAUCGUGCACAAUCAUGGUUUACGUUCGAAUACAUAUGUAGAACCUUAAAACGUUUUUUAAUUGUCGAGAUGAUUUAAUUUUUUACUGUACUUAUUUAUUUAUCGUAAAAUAAAAAAUUUUUAACCGCUCAAUCAUUAUAUGCUUGUCUUUUAUUGAAUGAAAAACUGAAGUAUACUUUAUCCUCUUAGAAAAUAUUAUAAUUUCCAACUCCACAAAUAACGUUUUCCUAUUCAAAAACGUAAGAUCGUUACUGCGUGUGCAAAACUCUAAAUUUCGCACACGCUUAUCUGUUGAGGACGUAGAUUCGCACACUCGUGUCAAAAAAUAGUAUAUACGAUACACGUGCGCGUAGGUGAUCAUCAAACUCGCUUUUUUGUCACCCUUGCGGCGACAGAUGCGCUCAUGCAAAAAUAACCUACUUCGCGCACUCGUAUCGUAAUAUACAAUUUUAACAUGACGUGCGCGAAAAACGCGGUUUUUCAAGAGGCUUGUUUUUCGUGUAGCGUGUGCGAAAUACUGUUUCCAUAGCAACGAUAUGUUAUUAUAUGCUACAUGCUUGACGCAACAUUAAAAAAGCUAUAGUGAUUCGCGCAAAGAAAACGAGCCUGAGAAACCGCAUUUCGCGCACG